AGGGGACCUCGCGAGCCCGGAAGCGCCGAGUGGGCACCAAGAUGGCGGAUGUCGAAUCCCCUCCGAAGUUGUCAGGAGCGCCUCCACCACCUGAGGGGGUGGGAGGAGGUCACUGCUCCGAAAUCUCUACCGAGCUCAUUCGCUCUCUGACAGAGCUGCAGGAGCUGGAAGCUGUGUACGAACGACUCUGCGGUGAGGAGAAAGUGGUUGAGAAAGAACUGGAUGCUCUUUUGGAACAGCAAAACACCAUUGAAAGUAAGAUGGUCACUCUCCAUAGGAUGGGUCCCAACCUGCAGUUGAUUGAGGGAGAUGCAAAGCAACUGGCUGGGAUGAUCACCUUUACCUGCAACCUAGCUGAAAAUGUGUCCAGCAAAGUCCGUCAGCUUGACCUGGCCAAGAACCGACUCUAUCAGGCCAUUCAGAGAGCAGAUGACAUCUUGGACCUGAAGUUCUGCAUGGAUGGAGUUCAGACUGCUUUGAGGAGUGAAGAUUAUGAGCAGGCUGCAGCCCACAUUCAUCGUUACUUGUGCCUGGACAAGUCCGUCAUAGAGCUCAGUCGACAAGGCAAAGAAGGAAGCAUGAUUGAUGCCAACCUGAAAUUACUGCAGGAAGCUGAGCAACGUCUUAAAGCCAUAGUAGCAGAGAAGUUUGCUGCUGCUACCAAAGAAGGGGAUUUGCCCCAGGUGGAGCGAUUCUUCAAGAUCUUCCCACUGCUGGGUUUACAUGAGGAUGGACUGAGCAAGUUCUCGGAAUACCUGUGCAAACAGGUGGCCAGUAAGGCUGAAGAGAAUCUGCUCUUGGUGCUGGGGUCAGACAUGAGUGAUCGAAGAGCUGCAGUCAUCUUUGCGGACACUCUCACUCUCCUGUUUGAAGGGAUUGCCCGAAUUGUGGAAACCCACCAACCCAUAGUGGAGACUUACUAUGGGCCAGGGCGACUCUUUACCCUGAUCAAAUAUCUUCAAGUAGAAUGUGACACGCAGGUAGAGAAGGUGGUAAACAAGUUCAUCAAGCAAAGGGACUACCACCAGCAGUUCCGGCUUGUCCAGAGUAACUUGAUGAGAAAUUCUGCAACAGAAAAAAUUGAACCAAGGGAGCUGGACCCCGUCUUGACUGAGGUUACCCUGAUGAAUGCUCGAAGUGAAUUGUACUUACGCUUCCUUAGGAAGAGGAUCAGUGCAGAUUUUGAGGUGGGGGACUCCAUGGCUUCAGAAGAAGUAAAGCAAGAGCACCAGAAGUGCCUGGACAAACUCCUCAAUAACUGCCUAUUGAGCUGUACCAUGCAGGAGCUAGUUGGCUUCUAUAUUACCAUGGAGGAGUACUUCAUGAGAGAGACUGUCAAUAAGGCUGUGGCUCUGGAUACCUAUGAGAAGGGCCAGUUGACAUCCAGCAUGGUGGAUGAUGUCUUUUACAUUGUUAAAAAGUGCAUUGGGCGUGCUCUCUCCAGCUCUAACAUCGACUGUCUCUGUGCCAUGAUCAACCUUGCGACCAGAGAGCUGGAAGCUGAUUUCAGGGAUGUUCUAUGUAAUAAGCUAAGAAUGGGCUUCCCAGCCACCACCUUACAGGACAUCCAGCGUGGGGUGACGAGUGCCGUGAACAUCAUGCACAGCAGCCUCCAACAGGGCAAGUUUGACACCAAAGGCAUCGAGAGCACUGAUGAAGCCAAGCUGUCCUUCCUGGUGACUCUGAAUAAUGUGGAAGUCUGCAGUGAGAACAUCUCAACUCUGAAGAAGACUCUGGAGAGUGACUGCACCAAGCUCUUCAGUCAGGGCAUUGGAGGGGAACAGGCCCAGGCCAAGUUUGACAGCUGCCUUUCUGACUUAGCUGCUGUGUCCAACAAAUUUCGAGACCUCUUGCAGGAAGGGUUGGCGGAGCUCAACAGUUCAGCAGUCAAGCCGCAGGUGCAACCUUGGAUCAACACUUUUCUCUCAGUCUCACACAGCAUCGAGGAGGAAGAAUUCAACGACUAUGAGGCCAAUGACCCCUGGGUACAGCAGUUCAUCCUCAGCCUAGAACAGCAGAUGGCAGAGUUCAAGGCCAGCCUGUCCCCGGUCAUCUAUGACAGCCUAACUGGCCUCAUGACCAGCCUUGUUGCUGUUGAACUGGAAAAAGUGGUUCUGAAAUCCACCUUCAACAGGCUAGGUGGUCUGCAGUUUGACAAGGAACUCCGGUCACUCAUUGCUUACCUUACCACUGUGACCACCUGGACCAUCCGAGACAAGUUCGCCCGGCUCUCCCAGAUGGCUACAAUCCUUAAUCUAGAGCGGGUGACCGAGAUACUAGAUUACUGGGGUGCUAACUCUGGCCCUUUGACAUGGCGCCUCACCCCUGCUGAAGUGCGACAGGUACUGGCUCUGCGCAUAGACUUCCGCAAUGAGGACAUCAAGAGACUGCGCCUGUAGCAGCCAUGUGAGGCCAUGUGGCCCACCAGACCUCAGGGCCUGUUUUCUAAGUAGAACUAUGCAGAGCUGCUGGCUUGGGUAAGCCGAAGGCCCAGACUGCACCACUGCACGGAAACCAGGAAGCAAGGAGUACACUCACUCACUGCAAAGUUCUUCCCAGGAGCAGUGAAGGCUGGAGGCAGAGAGGGCUACUUUACGAUAGCUUUCCCUACAGAGAGGUGGGGACUAGCAGGGAGCACACAACCCAGCCAUCUAUCCCAUGAGCAGUCACUCUCACCCGCACACUGCAGCACACAUGCUGACAGCAUAGAGAGCUUGGAGGCUCCUGGUGACCUAAAGGCAAGGCUAUGAUGUUCACAAAUAAACAUCAGAAUAAAGACACUACCUGGAGACAUGCCAUUGUGUUGGGUCCAGGAAGGGCUGGCUGCUUAGCCGAGACCAUUCCAGCAAUGGCCCUAAAACCUGAAGUCAAGUCCUCCCUCAUCUAGUCACAUAACAGCAGGAACCCUCAUCCAGUCCUGGACAUCAGAACUCUCUUGGGCUGUCAGCGCCAGGAACUGGAUCAGUCCAGAUGUGGUAGCUUCCUACAGUGCCAGAAGUAGGAACUUCUCCCAGCAAAAACAAAAGUUUUCUGAAGACAACCUUGAAAAUUAAAAUUUAUUCCAAGAA